GAAACAGUUACAGCACCAUGGGAUUCAAAGGUAUCACUCUAGCACUCCUAUUUGUGGGCUUGGUUUAUGCCAGGAAUGAGCUUUUUCGUCCAGGAACACGUGUUACCAUCGGCCAAUCUAAACAGGAUCAAUCGGUUUUGGCAGACGAGCAGCCCCGGGAAACAUGUGACGAUUCGGAAAAGGCUGCGAUUUGUUUAAACUGUACGGCCAUUCAACUGUGUAUUGGAUCAACUCCAAUCGAGAGAGCUUGUCCAACGGCCACUCCGUACUGCAAUGUGCUGGAUCAGGGCGACAGUUGCCUUGCCGUUCCGGACCCCGAAUACAAGGAAUGCCAGUCGCAAAACGGUUUCACCUGCACUUCCACUGGACUUUUCCCGGAUCCCAAAAAAAGUGAUCUUUACCACUUCUGCGAGGGUGCUGGAUCUAGCUCAGAUGUCUACAGUUGUCCCACAAAUUAUGUCUUCAACGCCGAUAGCGGAACUUGUAUCCGGAAGCCAAUAGGUUUCAGGGACCCAACGGUAGCUUGCAGUCCGACCAAAGUUUUCGUACCGUACAGUGGAAAUAAAAAGUUUUACGCAUAUUGCGACUACAGUGUUAAUGCCCAAGAUCCUACGAUCUACAUGCUUCGCUGUUCCGAAGGAUCGGUCUUCAACGGAGCUUUCUGUGUGUUCCAGUGUACCAAAGAAGGAAGUUUCGUUAAUACGCUGAAUCCAACUCAAUUCUACUCGUGCUACUACUCUGGAUCUAAACUGGUGGCGACAUUGAGCUCGUGCCCCAACUCGGAUCAAGUAUUCAAUUCUACUGCUGCAGUUUGUGUAAAUGUUCAAUCACCCUAA